GUGUUGAGAUCUCCAUUUGUCUUGUGGACUGACCUAGCUUCUAACAUGGCCACCACAGCUCGGUGUUGUUUCUUGUUGCUUAUUCUAGGUGUUAAUGUUCGAGUGGAAUGCUUAUGGAAUUUCCGCGCUGUCGGGGAAUAUCUGACGGGUGACGUGUCUGACUGCAAGAAAGGAUUUUCCGUGGAAGCAACAAGAUACUUCGAAGAAGUUCAUUAUUCCGAUGGUGGCUCAAUCAAUAAAACAGCUUUCCUCGUCAACUACGAUGAUAUCGACACUGUAUCCUUUUUCGGCGAUCUUGAAGCGGGACGGGUCUUCUUGCAGAUGGGCAAUCAAUGCGAAAACGUCACCGGGAACGAUCCUUCUUUGCCGCGCUUCAAUGCGUGGGCUUUCAGAUCGGAGGCCGUUUAUGCACCGACCUACACCAUCCUGACUGAACUCCAAUACCGGAUCACUGAGACUGAUGACCUGAAGUACGUCGUGGAGCGCGGGCUUCCUGCGGUCAAAGUUCCGCUCAACUUAGAUGACCAAUCAGAUAAAGAAGACUACAUUGAAGAAGCUUACGUCAUCUUCGAAGGGCAAGGAGGAGAGGAAGUCCACGAUUUCACGAAGAUGAUUCCGCUGACCGUGGAGAUCUGCCUCAUGAGCAACGGUACGAGGUCGAAAGAACGCUUGUCCAUAAUGGAGUUUGCCUGGAACGUCACCGUUGAGCAGGACGCGAGUCCCGCGGCCGGUAUCCAAUGUGAUGGCUACGGGCGUUCCGAUAUACCUAAUGUCUUCGAUGCAUCGACUCUAGUUCUCCGAACGGAGCAAGUUCUCGACGGCAACGUGACGACAGCCGACAUUGCAUUGGAUUUCGAUAGAAAACUUUUGCGCAUCGAUAAUGGUGUCCAUGACUAUUUCCUCUCGACUAGUCAAAAGGUUAUCUACAAUGUCGCCAAUCCGAACACCAGAGUUCGGACGUGCGACGUCAUGGAUCUGAGCGAGGCAUCCAAACUCCCGUGGACCUUCGUGAGUUUCUCGGUCGAGAGUGCGGGAGACUUCUUCGGAGUGGAUGAGCACUUCAAAAUCAAGACCAGGACGAAACGCCGCGGAAUCGAUUGCGAUUUAGUCUCCGGCCGACGUACCGAUUAUCUGCCGGAGAAAAGUCCCUCCUCUGUGUGGGAGUGGUGUAUCGCCGACGUAAACACGGCCGCAGGCAUCAAAAAAUACAUUGUUCAUCUCGACAUAUUCAUCGACUCGGAGGAAGGACGAUACCAGGAGUCGUACAGCCUCUACGAUACCGAGCAUCCUGAUCAGAAAACACUAUACCUCGAUCAAUUCACCGAGCUCGAACCUUGUUUCGAUUUAGAUCGUAAACGCAAUCUCCAAGUCAUGGUCGAUAGUGUGAAUGAUCCCAUGUACGCGGGCGAAGACGUGGAAUUCGCCGUCGAGUCAGGUCUUUUCAAGGCAGCUCUGCUGGAUAAGCUGCUGGAAGUAUCUGGACUAUCUCCAGACUCUUACAGAUUCGGAUCGACUGAUGCCGUCAUUCUCGGAGAGAAAGAAUCGAUCUUCCAAUUCUAUAUCUUCGAUGCGCCAAAGAACUCGCCCGAAUCCGAGCGUCUCGAUGCAGUUUUCCAAAAGCUUCAGGGAGCGAUUUCUGAUUCCGCCCUUGAUGUGGACGUGAAUGGAAUGAAGUUCGCAAUUCGGAAGGGCUCGCUGAAGGAUGCUCAAGAGAUUGAGGAGAAGACCACGCUCGUUCCCGUGACAGAUCCUUAUACACAAAGUCUGCCAGCGCCCUCCACUACUAUAGCUCCGCCAACGCCACCUAGUCCUCGAACCUCUCCGGAGACUCAAAGCUCGGAUUCAGUCGCCCCCACCACGGAGCCGAGCAAGAAGGAUGAGGAGCCGGACGUCGCGGAGGGUUACAAUGGAGCUCUCAUUUUCGGAAUCGCAUCCACGAUCCUCAUCGCUGGAGUCGGCGUUGGAAUCAUCGGAGGAAGGGAGGUCUUGAGUCGUCGGAUAUGACUGACUCCUUGAACGAGCAAGAGCUCAAAAGGGAUCCAGAGCGAUCCCGAUGGCGAGAGAGUUAGUUUGAUGUCUCACAUUCGGGAUCAGAAUAAAAAGAGAUUUUU